AUGACACCGAACGAGAAGCUGAAGGAGUGCUGUGCCACCCUCACCGAAGCCGAUAAAGAAUGCGUCAGCAAGUUCUGCGACUUCAACGCCAUCUCUCAGACUAACAUUUUGAGCUUCCUAUCCAAAUGCUCCGAGAGAGGCCCUACCGUCGGAAACAUGUGGGAUUGCGUCUCUUUGCGUCACGAUCACACUGAAUGUUGCAAGAGCAAGGGAGUCGAAGGCAAGUGUCUGGAAUACUGCUCGGCUCAUGAUGGUGUUCCUACGAAUUACCUCGACUAUCUUUUCUGCACGGAAUCGUUCAACGAAAUCAGGGAGUGCUUCACGGAGCACAUCGAAAAGAAUCCACCAUUCAAGAAGAGAAAGUCAGGAAAGGGAAAGAAGAAGGAAUAG